AACCCUAUGUAACCGAGGGCUGAAUAAACUUCAAAAUUUCCCACCACCAAUUUUUCAAAUUACCAAAUUACCAGAACUUAUCAGACAACUUGAGAUCAAAUAUAGGAAAUUAAUUGCAAAGAUGGCUUUAAAUAAUGAUCCCGAAAAUGUCUCAAAAGACUUAGAAACUAGCCUAACUCAAGUGUUACAAACCAACGAACGACGCCGCAUUAAGGAUUCUGGGCAAAGCAAAGAGAAAGCGAAUGAAGAAAAUCAAUUGCUAAUCUCCGAUUUAUUGAACGAAUUAGACAGAAAGGAUUUAGAUGACUUAAGAAAAUUACUAGCAGGACGGAAACCUAAAGAUAUCCUUGCUGAAUUAUACGUUCAAAGUUUUGAUAUUCGUAAUUUAAAUAUUGAUUUAGUAAAAAAAAAAGAUGAAUUGUCUAAGUUGAACUUUCAAUUAAAAUAUUUGGAAGAAAUAGUUGAAGAACGAGAAGAAGAGAUAAAGGCCUUUAAAGAAGAAAAAUCCAAAAAUAACAAGUUUACCAACAUUACCUAA